GGAUGAUACACGCCCCCAUGCGUGCAUUGUGUGGAUCGUCCUGGUCCCGGCGGUUGCUAUCAACUGGCGAAGACGCACGCCAACGCAUCAAAAGAUGGGGUUACCUAGGAGGGAGCCGCAUCUCGACUGGCGUCUGAAGAACGCCCAAUUCGUCCCAUGCCGCUAGAUCUCCGUCAUUUUCUUUUAUUCCGCGUUGGAUUUAUCGAGGGUUGCCCCUGCCCCGCACCGAAUCUCCAUUCCAGCAAUAAAUUACACUUGCCUCGCUGUUGAUGGUUCAGGUUUCCUGCAACCAGAUCCCCAACUAAGUGGCAUAAACAACCUUAAGCUGGGCACCAUCCUCCGUCACCUCACCGAACCCGGCCAGACCUCUCCUCUGUUGCUUGUCAGAUAAUCACAUAACCGAGCCCUUUCUGCCCAACUGCUCGCCAUACCAAAUCGCUUUUGAAGUUGGGCUUUUUUGCAUCAGAGACACCUGAGGUUAGGCAUCGAUCUUGGCUUCACACCCUGCACUCCUGUCUCGUUCCGCAACAGUCAGCCUCGACAGUGCAGAGGGUGCUCCUGUCUUUGCUUCUAGCCCACGAGCAUCAGGUCCUGCAGAGAGGGGCACUGAGACACAAUGUCAUCAGGCGGAUACUACAUGGAAUAUCUUUACAGCCUCUGCCGGCGCCGCGGUUGGACAGACCCGUCCUACGAGAUCUACCACAGCAAGGCGGGUUACGAAUGCCUUGUUUUGGUCAAUGGUCGUGAGUACCAGACCGAUAUAGGCUAUGCCACGGACACCCUGGCCCAGGAAAACGCAGCCAUGCGGGCGUUCAUGGUUUGCCAGAACUUCAGCUCCAAUGGUGGCAUGAUGGCCCGCAACGGCAUCGUACAGGGUUUGCCAGUGGAUCAGUCAAGCCGUGGAAGUAGCAAGCACAGCAAGACUAGCAGCCGUCGCCACGGCUCUUCCCACCACGGAGGAAACAGUGGACGUAGUAGCAGGAGCCAAAGAUCCUCAGGCCACCAUUCGAGCAGCAGCUCCACUACAUCUUUCGAGUAA